AUGGCUAUCGAAUUGGAGGAGCCGCCAAUUGAAAGCAAUGCUCAAGUGCUAAAAGAUUUAUUUGCUGGAACAAUGGGUGGUAUUGCUCAAGUUUUAGUUGGUCAACCAUUUGAUUGUGUUAAAGUUAGAUUACAAUCAGCUCCAGAAGGUACAUACAGUGGAGCAAUUGAUGUUAUAAAACAAUUAUUGAAAAAUGAAGGAUUUGCUGGAUUUUAUAAGGGGACUUUAACUCCAUUGAUUGGUGUAGGUGCAUGUGUUUCUGUACAAUUCUCAGUUAAUGAAUUUAUGAAAAGAUAUUAUGAUAGAGAGUUACAUGGUAGACCAUUAAGUUUAUUACAAUACUUUAAUUGUGGUGCUGUUGCUGGUUUUGCAAAUGGGUUUUUGGCUUCACCAAUUGAGCAUAUUCGUAUAAGAUUACAAACACAAACUGGAUCAAAUAAAUUAUUUAAUGGACCAUUAGAUUGUGCUAAAAAGAUUUAUGAAAUUGAUGGAAUAAGAGGAAUAUAUAAAGGAUUAGGACCAACUUUAAUUAGAGAAUCAAUUGGGUUAGGUAUAUAUUUUGCAACUUACGAAGCAUUGAUUGCUAAUGAUUUAAAGAAACAUCCAGGUUUAACAAGAGAACAAAUUAAACCUUUGACUCUUUGUUUAUAUGGUGGUUUAAGUGGGUAUACAUUAUGGAUAGCAAUUUAUCCAAUUGAUGUUAUAAAAUCAAAAUUACAAACUGAUGCAUUAAAAGGUGCAAAAUAUAAUAACGCUUUAAGUGUUAUUAAAGAUGUAUUUCAUAGACAAGGUAUAAGAGGUUUUUAUAAAGGGUUUUUACCAACAAUACUAAGAGCUGCUCCAGCUAAUGGUGCAACAUUCGCGGUUUUUGAGUUAACAAUGAGACUUUUGAAUAAAGUAUAG